AUGUCUCAGAGUAAAAGCCCAAACUUUCUAGGAGUAAUGAGCUCCGAAGCCAGCAAAAGCCGGCGCGAGCGAAACAGAGAAGCGCAGCAACAGUUCCGGAGGCGACGACAAGCUGUCGAGACGGCUCGCUUGCAGCGGCUGAAGCAUCUGGAAGGUAUUAUAGAGAGAAUGAGCACUGUGAUAGUCUCUUUUACCGAUCGAAUGCUACAUGAGGAUGUUUUGAAGCAGUACCCCGCACUGGCAGCGAAUGCCCAAGAGGUCAUCACGCAUGUACUUGCACUAGCUCAUGAGGCUGAAGAUCCAGACGAGGGUAACACAACUGAGGCAGCUUCGCCCAAUAGCAGAUAUGAGUUCCCGCCGGCACAAGACUCGGGAUUUUCAGAACUAUCCUUUCACUCGGGUCCUAUGCAGACCGAUAUGAUGAAUGUCAAUCAACAGAGUGCUGUAUUUAUGACACACCCUUCGUCACAAUACCCACAAGCUAUGGGCGAUCCAACCAUAGCAUAUACAAACUUCCAAGAUCCUACACUCUCAGAAUUUCCAUCUCUACCACCAUCAACACUCCUACCGUCGCUCGGUCCAGUCCCAUGGAACACUUCCAAACCUCUCUCACCAACGUCGUUCACAUAUCGACUUACUCACUCGUGCUUUAACGUGGGUCUCCUCCUUCUUAACAAGUCACAAGGCUCACCGCUUCCUCUUUCAGACGAGACCAGAUUCUUCGGUGCAACGCUCCGACAGGAUGAGCGAGAGUCAAUGACGAGAAAACUAAGAUGGAUCACGGGUAUCGGAUCACAAGAUAUCAAGCUUGCUGCCCUCUUGCCAUGGGGAGGACGAUACUGCGGUGAAGAUUUUACAGGCGACGACCUCUCCAGCACUUGCAAAACGACAGACAGGACGGCACUGCAGUUUCUUAGUGCUGCGGGUAUUCAACAACAACUGAGAGCGUUGGAUGCUCGAGUCGUAGCUCAAGAUACUCUUGAGUUGGAUCUGAGUGGAGCGAUGGGUAACGACGAUACGAGGCCGUUGCAGCCAGACAGCUGGAGUUUUGUCAACUUUUUCCCACCAGGCAUCCUUGCAGAGAAGGGGAGGUCUGCUAAGAUACGGUGUGUGUUUAACGAUGGGGCCUGGGUUUCCAAGGAGAGAGCUCAAAAGGGCUAUCAUGGACUCCAGGGUUAA